UUCUCAGAAGCCCAUUGUGCACUAACAAAGAGUUCCAGUGUGAGCUUUGGGUUCCGUACCUGCCUGCUCUCCUGGCGGCACUGACAGCAGAGUGGGACCGGCACUGCCCAGGCCUGCUCGCUCGCUGAGUGCUGGGAACCCACGAUCAUGCCAAUCAAGCCUGUUGGGUGGAUAUGUGGGCAGGUGUUGAAGAACUUUUCUGGAAGAAUGGAGGGGAUCCAGAAAGUAAUCAUGGACCUCGCAGAUGAGUUUAAGGAUGAUUUCCCUACCAUCCUAAGAAUGUCACAGUCUAAUCAGAAAAGAAAACCCGUGCAGAAAACAUCAAGAAUCAGAAUGGCAGUCGUGUUAGCCAAGAUCAAUCGGGGCACCUGGAUCCGAGGGCUGAGCAGCAUCUCCAGGUCCUCCAAGUCCAUGGCCAAGCUCCUGCAGCCUCAGCUCACCUGCAGACUUGUGGAGCUGAGGGGCAUCGCCCGCCGCCUGCUGAGGGAAGUGAACCUGCCCCGGCAGCCCCUGUACAACCCACAGACAGACACGCCUGCUCCUGGGCACAGAGCGUCUCCCGAAGCUUCAUGCGCGCCUAAGGGAAUGCUGGCCUGCAGCAGCCUCAUGGUUAACGGUUCCAAGAGCACCAUUUGUCUCCCGGAAAUGCUUAUUCUGAUGGCUGUUUGCUUAAUUGAGGUUGUGAAUAAUGUAGUAAAGAAUGAUGACAUGAAUUUGAACAAAGACUGUUUUUCUAACCUAACGCGCAUAGCAGCUCCGCCUAGUGAGCACAGCUGGUAACUGUAAAAGAGUUAAAGUAAUUUGAACUUUGGAAAUGAGUUUUUUUAUGCAAGAGUACUUCAAAAGCUUUUCGGAAAGUGGAAUUGAAAGGUAAGGUUAUUGGGGCCAGUGCUGUGGUGCAGCGGGUUAACGCCCUGGCCUGAAGCGCCAGCAUUCUAUAUGGGCACCAGUUCGAGACCCGGCUGCUCCACUUCCCAUCCAGCUCUCUGCUGUGACCUGGGAAAGCAGUAGAAGAUGGCCCAAGUCCUUGGGCCCCUGCCCUCACGUGGGAGACCUGGAAGAAGCUCCUGGCUCCUGGCUUCGGAUCGGUGCAGCUCUGGCCGUUGCGGCCAAUUGGGGAGAGAACCAGCAGAUGGAAGACCUCGCUCUCUCUGCCUCUCCUCUCUCUGUGUAACUCUGACUUGCAAAUAAAUAAAUAAAUGUUUUUUUAAAAAAGAUAAGGUUAUUUUGGUGCAAAACCAUUUUGAAAUCCAUGCAUUUUUUUCAUUAUAUACGUUUCCAUGAACUUUGUGAAGACCCCAUGAAUGCAUGGAUUUCCAAAUUUUCCCACCAAGAUCAACAUCUUUUUGUUCCGCUCUCCGUGAAGCACUCUCAUAGAUGUGUCAUGCGAAGGAAAGCACCUCCUGUGAAAAGGAGAAAAGUGAACUAACAUAUUUCCACACUGUGAAAACAGUCCAGAACAGUACUCCAGUUUGCAAAAUAUACUGCGGAAACACUGACAAAUGCUGUUU